UGCGCUGUGUGUAUUUAAUCGUAAGCCCACAGUCUUCAGCACGUCAGUCGAAUCCCCAAAACUGUCCAAGGCAGUGAACAGCUCCGCCACCCAACCCAAGUGAUCAUCGUAACCCUCUUUUACACCGCGGUAUAAGCCAGUGCCACAGAUAGUGCUACACUUCGACCUUAUCUCCAGUUGUAUUCGGGAGCCAUGAGGAUCCAGCGGCAUUUUGUGCUUGGUCUUCUUGGUGCGCUCUCUGUGGCCAUCGGUGGCAGCCAAGGCAAGGCUGUGGUGGAUCAACAGGCAGCCGGCAAACAGGUGGACAGCAAGAGCGUUGCCCAGCAGCGCAUCGACUUGGGUGGUUUCAGCGAUCACAUCAUCGAUGAGCAUCACAUAGAUGAGCAUCACAUAGAGGAGCACCACCAUGAACACCACGAGCACCACCAUGAUCCUGGUUAUUGGAAGAAGAAGGUCACGUGGAAGGAGGGCUGGAAGAAGAUAUGGAAUCCAGCCAAGAAACAAAUCUGGAAUCCCUCAUGGAAGAAGAUCUACAAGCCACAUUGGGUGAAGGUUCCCGGCUGGAAGGAGAUUCAGGUGCCAGCAUGGAAGCAAAUUUGGGUGCCCCACUGGAAGGAGAUUUUAGUGCCAGCCUGGAAGGACAUCCAAGUGCCCGACUACAAGCAGAUCUGGACACCGGAACUAGUGAAGGUUGGCAUUCCCGGCGAGAAAUAUUUGGGCAAGGAUCACGAGGGCUGGGAGUACACCAGUCACGAUCUGUGGAAGAAGAAAGUGGUGUGGAAGUCACACUGGAAAAAGAUUUGGAAGCCAGCCAAGAAGCAGAUCUGGGUGCCCGACAAGAAACUGGAAUGGAAGGAGGCCUGGAAGCAGUACUGGAAGCCAGCAAAGAAGGAAAUUUGGACCGAUAAAUUGGAGUGGAAGGAGGCAUGGAAACAAAUCUGGGUGCCCGGCUGGAAGGAGAUCUGGGUGCCUGGCUGGAAGAAGAUCUGGAAGCCUGUGGUCAUAUCCGAGUGGUUCCCCUCGCCCGACCAUCACCAUGAUCAUCAUCACCACGAGUCUGGCUGGGAUUGGGACCGCAAGGAUAAUGGUGUAGCGCCCGCAGGCGUCGCCUCCCCAACUGCCACUGCCACUGCUAAUGGCAAGGAUAAGGUAGUGUGGAAACGCGAUGACACCAACGCUUCCGCCUCAGGCAAGCCAACGGUGCUGCAGCCAGUGGCCAGCGCCGAUUUCCAGGCCAAAGCACUGGAGGCGGCCAAGUCGACAGCUGCUGCCGGACCGGCAGCCACCUCGCAAUUCAAGUUUCCCGGUGCGUAGGUAGGGUGGAGGCAUCAGUGGAGCCAUUCGCCAUUGCAUCACUGCACCUGCAACCUGCAACCUGCAACAGCCCGUGCCCAGCUCCUUGUAAAUAGUUACAAACCAGUCGCUAGCUCUUAAGGCCAUCCAUCCAUCCACUUCCACUUCCACUUCCACUUCGCCUUCCAUUUGCUUUGGCGCCGACUUAAAUUAUCUCUAGACUUAAAUGUUUAAUU